AUGCUUAUGGUUAUGCAAGUGUUGGAUAUGCAAGUACGUAGCAGUGAAGAAGGAAAUGAAACUGGUUCUCAUGUUAAUGACCAAAAUGGGGUCGAAGACGAUGGUGGGGGAAGCAAAGGCGGAGGUAGUGCUGGUGAUGGUUAUAUAUGGUAUAUACUACUGAGGGAGAAUAUGGUGUUGGCUGAUCUGGUGCAAGAUCAUGAGUGGGUUACGAAUAGAGGUCUAGGUGCAAUGUCUUUGUGGAACUUCACUGCCAAAGUUCAACACUGUUUAGGCAUUUGUUCUGCAACUAGAUCCCUCCUCACUCUUGAAGGACCUAAUCACAUUCCCGAGUUUGGCCAUGAUGUAGUACAUGGCACUGGUGUCGGGUAUGGUGGUGGAGGAGGAUUAGGAGGUGGCUCUGGGUAUGGAAGCGCAUGGGAACAUGGUGUUGGUGGCUAUGGUAGUGGAGGCAGUAGUGGAGAAGGAGGUGGAGUAGGCUAUGGAGCUGCUGGUGGACAUGGUGGAAGAUACGGAGGAGGCGGCAGCAGUUAUGGUGUAGGAGGAACUGGAUAUGGAAUCGGUGGUGGUGAAGGAGGAGGAGGGGGAUCUGGAGCUGGUGGUGAACAUUGGGUAGGAUAUGGUGGUGGUGGUGGUGGUGGUGGUGGAGGAGGAAAGGAUGGCGGCAGUGGUGGUGUUGUGGGAUAUGGAGUAGGCGGAGAGCAUGGUAUUGGUUACGGAGGUGGUGGUGAUCAUGGAGCUGGAUAUGGUAGUGGUAGUGGUGGAGGAAAAGGUGGUGGAUAUGGUGUAGGAGGGGAGUAUGGUGCUGGUUAUGGAGGUGGUGAAGAGGGAGGUCACGGUGGUGGCUACGGUAUAGGAGGAGAACAUGGGGCUGGCAACGGUGGUGGGACAAAUUAUGGUGCUGGUGGAGCACACGGAGGUGGAUAUGGAACAGGUGGAGGUUAUGGUGGUGGGAGUGGGAGUGGCGACGGUGGUGGCACAAGUUAUGGUGCUGGUAGAGCACACGAAGGUGGAUAUGGAAGUGGUGGAGGAACAGGUGGAGGUUAUGGUGGUGGUGGCGGCGGCUAUGGUAGUGGCAGUGGCUAUGGUGUUGGAGUUGAACAUGGGGUAGGAUAUGGAGGUGGUGGUGGGAGUGGGAGUGGCGGCGAUGGUGGCACAAGUUAUGGUGGUGGUGGAGCACACGAAGGUGGAUAUGGAAGUGGUGGAGGAACAGGUGGAGGUUAUGGUGGUGGUGGUAGUGGAUAUGGUAGUGGCAGUGGUUAUGGUGUUGGAGUUGAACAUGAGGUAGGAUAUAGAGGUGGUGGCACAAGUUAUGGUGCUGGUGGAGCACACGAAGGUGGAUAUGGAAGUGGUGGAGGAACAGGUGGAGGUUAUGGUGGUGGUGGCAGCUAUGGUGGUGGUAGCGGAUAUAGUAGUGGCAGUGGCUAUGGUGUUGGAGUUGAACAUGGGGUAGGAUAUGGAGGUGGUGGUGAGAGUGGUGGAGGUGGUAGCCAUGGUGGCUAUUCCCCUUGA